UUAGACCAGGUAUGCAUCGGAGCCAACCGCGCCGGAGUAUAAAACCAACGGGCUCAUUUUCGCUGUGUGUUCAGGGGCGCACGGCACAGAAGGAAGGAACAGCAUCGUUAUGGCUCCCAAGAAAGCAAAGAAGAGGGCAGAGGGUGCCAGCUCCAACGUCUUCGCCAUGUUUGAACAGUCCCAGAUACAGGAGUUCAAAGAGGCUUUCACCAUCAUGGACCAGAACAGAGACGGCUUUAUCGACAAGCAGGACCUGAGGGACACCUUCGCUGCUCUGGGGCGGCUCAACGUGAACAACGAGGAGCUGGAGGACAUGCUGAAGGAAGCCCCCGGAGCCAUCAACUUCACCGUCUUCCUCACCAUGUUCGGAGAGAAGCUCAAAGGUAGUGACCCAGAGGAAACCAUUCUGAAUGCCUUUAAAAUCUUCGACCCAGACGCCAAAGGUCAUAUCAACGCUGAGUACAUCAAACGCAUGCUGAUGACUCAAGCGGACAAGUUCAGUGCAGAGGAGGUGCAGCAGAUGUUCUCUGCAUUCCCCCCUGACGUCUCAGGGAACCUGGACUACAAGAACCUGUGUUAUGUCAUCACCCACGGGGAGGAGAAGGACCAGGAGUGAACAGGAAGUGAGGUCAACCCAGCAAGUGUGACAUCACAUCCCAUGUGACCCUCUGAAAUGUAAAUAGUGCCAUCUGGCAAUAGUGCCAGGGUAAACAAACUUUUUUUUAAAAAAUGUAAGCAUGUUCCUUUCAAACCCCGGUCUUUUCACUGCACGAAUAAACUUUUUUUCAGACAAUC